AUGAUUUUGCAUUAUUUGGAAAUCUUGUCUCAUCUGCUGCACCACCACAAUCCUCCUUUGUCUGUCGCUUCUGGCCCCUCUUUGUUGCGGCGUCCACUUCCCAUUUCCAUUGCCUGGCCCCAGCGUUCUCGACCAGGGGCCCCAGCGUUCUCGAUCAGAGGAUUUGCGACCCGUCCUACAUCAUCUUUACUUAAUGAUCCGAAUCCGAACGGGUCGAACCGACCCUCGAAGGAGACGAUUCUGCUCUAUGAGUGUGACUUUGAGCAUUGGCUCGUCGUCGUGGAAAAGCCUGAGGGGAACCAACCUGAGAUGAAAUCAUUGACAGCUACAUCAAAACCCUAG